AUGGGUGCGACUCACAAGUACUCGGUCAUUCUUCCCACCUACAAUGAGCGGAGAAACCUCCCUAUUAUCAUCUGGCUGAUCCAGAAGACCUUCAACGAGCACAAGUUGGAUUGGGAGGUCAUUGUCGUUGACGACGGAUCCCCUGACGGCACCCUCGAGAUUGCGCAGCAGCUCCAGAAGCUCUAUGGCAAAGAACACAUCAUCCUCAAGCCCCGCGCAGGCAAGCUCGGUCUGGGAACCGCCUACGUCCACGGCUUGAAGUUCUGCACCGGAAACUUCGUCGUCAUUAUGGACGCCGAUUUCAGCCACCACCCCAAAUUCAUCCCCGAGAUGAUCAAGAUCCAAAAGGCCACCGACGCCGACAUUGUAACCGGAACUAGAUACGCAAACCUCGGAGAUAUAAAGGGCGGUGUCUACGGCUGGGAUUUGUUCCGGAAGUUCACUUCGCGCACUGCCAACUUGAUCGCCGACGUCAUGUUGAUGCCCGGUGUUAGCGACUUGACUGGUAGCUUCCGCUUGUACAAGAAGCAGGUGCUUGAGAAGGUUAUCCUCAACACUGAGAGCAAGGGAUACAGUUUCCAGAUGGAAAUGAUGGUCCGUGCCAAGGCCAUGAACUACAAGGUUCGCGAGUGUCCGAUUACCUUUGUCGACCGUCUCUACGGUGAAAGCAAGCUGGGUGGAUCUGAGAUUGUUGAGUACCUCAAGGGUGUGAUGAACCUAUGGCUCAAGGUUUGA